CAGGUCCACGCCGACGCCUCGACGUUUGCCGAGGGGGUAACCAAAGCGGAGGCCUACCAGCAAGUGUUGGACCAGGUUGAGGGGCUCAACCUCUCCAACGCCGCCUCCCUCCUCUGGCACGCCUACAAAUCCCUCCCCUCCCCCAGCAACCAAGUCAACUGGGCCGGCUUCUACACCCACGACCCCCUCUCCCCAACCCACCAAUCCACCCCCACCACCACCUCGACACAAACCCCCACCCAAAAACCCCAACUAAUCCUCGGUCCCUUCCAAGGCAAAGUCGCCUGCCAAACCAUCGCCUACGGCCGUGGCGUCUGCGGCGCAGCCGCCGCCUCGCAAGAAACCCAACUCGUCCGGGACGUCCACGCAUUUCCGGGCCAUAUUGCAUGUGACGGGGCGAGUCGGAGUGAGAUUGUUGUACCUAUUGUUGAAAAGAAAGGGAGAGUGGUGGCGAUUAUUGAUGUGGAUUGUGCGGAGGUGGAUGGGUUUGAUGAUGUCGACCGGGAGUGGUUGGAGAAGUUGGCCAAGGUGAUUGGGGAGGCGUGUGACUGGCCGUAG